AACAAAUCCCUCUGUGCAUGCGCAGAUAAGCUUGAUGUUAACACUUGAUCUACCCCAUGUCUAAAAAUAAAUUAGGGAAGUGCCACCAUUUUUACUGCAGCGUUCCUAGUCAUCAGCACAAGCCUACUUGUACCGCUCCCUCACAGGCUCACAGUGCUGAAUUCAGACCAAAGCUGUUCUUCCCUCGUAUACUCCAAAGCAAACUCUACCUAAGCAUCAACCAUCUCCCAUUAAAAAAUGGCAUCAACAGAGCAAAAGGCUACAGCUCAAUCUGUGUUGGAAAAGAUAAGUCAAGGUCAUCUAGAAUGCUCUAUUUGCUCAGACCGUUUCAGGGAACCCAAGGUUCUUGACUGUCUGCACAGCUUUUGUCUUAAAUGCCUCCAAAGACUGAGACAGAGUCAACAUCCACAAGAUGUGGAACUGGAAUGCCCCAUCUGCAGACGUAAAACCACUAUAAAAGGAGAUAUCUGCGAUUUGCCAACUGACUUCAAACUAAGCGCAUUGGUGGAUGAAGUGAAUAUGCAAGAAACACUACUGGAAGGUCAGAGAUCAGAAAUCAAGUGUCAAGCUUGUGACGAGGAGAAUCAGGCACUGUCAAGAUGCAUGGACUGUGAUCAUUUUCUCUGCAAAGAAUGUCAAAGAGCGCAUAAACGAAUGAUUUCAAUGAAAUCUCACACAAUCUACACACUGGCCCAGCUUCAAUCAGGAGAGGUAACUUACAAGAGUAAAAUAAGAGAAUACACUCCUAAAUGCAUGAAGCAUCCAGACCAGAGCCUUUCUAUUUACUGCACAGAGUGUAAGAAGUUGGUGUGUACAACUUGUGCUAUUCUAGAUCAUGACAAACACCCACGCAUUGGCCUACCUGAAGCUUUGGACAAAUGCAAACAAGACAUUGCCAACAUUUCUGAGAAAGCUGAACGGAACAAAACAAAACUAAAGGCCUACAUCAGUGAAGUAGACAAAACUGAUAAAGAUAUCAAAACCAUGUAUGAAAAUACCAGUAAGAAAAUAUCAAUAAAGGCUGAUAUGGAGGUUGCAAAGAUCAGAGAGAAGAUUGAGCAGAUCAGAGGGGAACAAUCAAAACUGAAGCAGGAGGCAGAUACAAUCUUCAAAGACAGAGCAAAGGUACUGGAAACUACUCGUGCCACAAACGUCAGUCAUGUGACUAUGAUUGAGAACAAGCUGGAAGAAGUAAACCGAUUUGUGGCCCAAGCAAGUUGCUACGAGAUUCUGGAUUUCAGUGAGAAACUUCUUCAUAACCUUGGAGCAGUGAUAGCUGAAGGCCAACCCAAAAUAUUGCCACACUGUAUGUCUUCCUUCAUGGAUUUUGAGGAAGGUACUGGCAGGUCCCUUGGGAAGCUAGUUCUAAAAGAUGAGAAAACACUGAAGUCAGAUGUGACAGCACCAAGAUCACAGACAUCAAAGAGAUGGGAGCUGAAAACAGAAAUAACAACAUAUGGACACCAAAAUCAAAACCUUGUACUUGCUGAUGAAAUUGGAUCAUUGUCAAACAAUGAGAUGGUAGUAUUAGAACGGGGGAAAAACAAGUUGAUCACUUUCAGAGAGCGAGAGCUUUACCCAAAUGUCAUCUCGGAAGAGCUUCAACUUGAAGGUCUCAGAAAACCAAGCCAUGUUUCAGUUAACAGUGAUGAUGAAAUCAUAGUUCUUGAUGGUACUACUGUCAAGAUCUUCAACAUCGAAAAGAAGCCCUGCCUUCAUCAGUUCCAACCGGGUGAAGAGACAAACAGUACACCAACAUGUCUCGCAGUUGAAGGUGGAGAUGUGAUAGCAGUGGGCUACAGGGAUAAAGAACAGAUCUCACUGCACAGACGAGAUGGAACCCUCAUCAGGAGACUGCGUGCUCCAAUGAUUGGUGAUAAUUUGACACUCUUGAGAAAGCAACAGCAGUUAAUAAGUAUAAUCUACUCUAUCAACACAGAAGUGGACGGAAAGUUGCUAUCAGUCGACUGCUACGGUCGCAUAGUCUUUGCAGUUGAUAUUCCCAGUAAUAUUCAAGGACCUUGGCAUGCUAAUGGUCUGUGCUGUGACAAAGAUGGUUACAUCUAUGUUACUAUACAUGGAAAGCCAUUACAAGGUGAAAUUCAGCAAUUUGAUCCUAAUGGACAUUACAUUGGAUGUGUUCUCGAUAAAUGUGGUUAUCCGGGUGAUAUCACAUUCACACCAGCUGGUGAGCUGGUGUUGGCAACAUGGGACAGUAUUAAAGUAUAUCAUCAGGUGUGAAGAAGCAUAUCAAAAGCUCAAAAAUAUGACUAUACUCUUUGAUAUAUGCAGGCAGUUGGACAUUCACCACAUGUACAGAGAACAUGACAAAGUACCGGUAUAUAUAGGAUACAAGCCUCACAUGAAAACUGCUUGAUAUCUUUUCCACAGAUAUGCUGUGUGCCCCAAAAGAAGUACGGUACAUGUACACGUAUGUAUAAAAAUGGCUUUUCCACAUCACAGCAGUCAACAACUGUUUUCCACCACUGUAUCAAGCCAAUUACAUGUACAUGUACAUGUAGUUACGUCAGUCAGUGAUUGUAACUUUUUCUACAGGACAAUUCCACAGCAAAGGAAUUACAUUUUUGACAAGUCUUUCAAACCUUAAAAUGGCGUUACCUCACUGUUCCACGAAAAUUGUUUUGGGUAAAACAGCAAGUGAGAUUGAUGGACUACAUGUAGUUUCUAAACCAACAUAAAGGACCAAUUGAGUUUUUAAGUAUUUUUACUUUGUUAAGUUUGAAUGUCGAUGAGGGCAGUAAUGAAAUAGCAGUGCAUAUGAAAUGGAAUUGACUUUUUGAUGUGGCAUGCAUGUACCUUUUGCCAAAUUUCUGUGAGUUCUUUCCUGCAAUUUGGACUAAAGUAGUGAAAAUAUUGGGGUGCUUCUGUGUGAUGCAUGUACCUUCAAAACAUAUUACAUGGUGACUGAAAUAACACCUUUCAAAGGAAUUAAGAUUCGGUGACAAAGUUGCAGUAAAAACAGAAAGAAUUUCAGAAAUGAGAGCUUUACGAGGAUGUAGAGACUCUUAAGGUAC